AAAAAAAAAAAUACAUAAAACUUUGUUUUGAAAUCAUUUCAAAAUCACAGCAGUUUCAAGGGUACCACAAAGAACAUUUUGCCACGUUUUCUCUUUCAUUCAUUCCCUCUUUCUUCCCUCACCUCUUUUUCUUCCUGUCCUCUCUGAACCGUGAAUCAUUUGAGGGUUAUUUGUAUACAUCAUGCUCGUUUAUCCAUAAGAUGUUUUAGUGAACGCUUCCCAAGAACAGGGACAGCCUCUCACUUGUCCAUGGUACAGCUGUCAAAGUUGGGAAAUGUGUCAUACUCUGAUCGGCCCAAGAGUUGCUCAUUUGUCGUUCAAGUUUCAGAUGUGCCAACCGUCCCAAUCACGAUUUUGAAAGCCGUUGUUUUUCUGGUUCAGGAUCCAAUCCAGGAUCAGGCGCUGCCUUUAGUUAUCCUGUCCGCAGCCUGCUGUCAUUUGGAGCAGGUCCUCAGCCUUUCUGUCUUUCAUGACACGGAUGUUUGUGAAGGGUACAGUCCAGUUUCCGUUGUGUCCCUCGAGUUGGUCCCGGAAUAUUUGUUUAACGUGAGUUGGCAAACCACAUUCACGUGUGUUUUGGUUAUGUACGUAUUUGCCAAACACCCAGCCUUGUGCGAGGUGCUGCUGUGACGGGGAGCAUUACUCAACACAGCCCGCUGACCUUGGGGGUGCAGUUUGGGUUUGUGGGGAGAGCAGCUACCGUCAGCAGGGCUUUGCGGACCCCUGUGUGUCUCAUGACCAGAGGCACUGACGCUUGGAUAAAUACAUGUUGGAUGGAUGCAGGAUGAGUCAGCGUUCUAGAAGUCUGCAAAGGUACAGAAAUGGCCCUACUCCCUGUCCGGCAGCCAAUCAUCAGCUUUUCCUGGCUUCUCCGAGGCACCCUGCCGUUCACACUCCAAACACAAAGGCUUCUCUCAGGAAUCAGUGAGCUGCAGUCUGGGUUCUGGCCCUGCCCUUCCGGGGAUCUGCACAAUGACUGGGCUGCUCUCUUCCCACUUUAGGCCAGUGCUGGGGAGAGGAGACCCCUGUGACUCUCCCCGGUGCCCUUGGAGCUCAGAAUGAAGUGACGGGGGAGGAGGGCACGAGCCCUGAAGCGCUGGGAAGACAGGCUGUGGGCCACAGGUCCCGACCCCGCCUGGGACAAGGUUCAACAGAAGUAGGAUGGUUUCAUCAUGACCUGGCAGGAAAACCACCAGACCUGGAAUUUUGCUUUUACAGCUGGUUAACUUCCCUGCUGUUUAACUUCUGUUUCAUGCAGGAUGAAAACCGGUGACUUGUAAUCUCACAUCACCGAGCAAGAUCUAGUAGUCAUAAGCAUUCUGUCAGCAAAGCAGACAAGGCAGAGUGUUGGAAAUGUCAUCGGAUCUUCACAGAACCUUAGCCGAGCAACCUUUCCAUGCGAGAAACAAAAUAACGUGGAUUUUUAUCUAGUAAUGAAGUCAACACCAUUGUCCACUCUGUGUUAACACAUUCACUUUUCAGAGUUCCCUCCCUGGGGCUGCAGACACUCAUGUGAGAGAGACUUGGAAUGGCCUGCCUUUUUAAAUUUAAUUAAAUAAAAUAGAAAAUUCAGUUCAUCAGUUGUUCUGGUGACAUUUUAAGGGUUUAGUACCAUAUGUGGCUCGUAAGUACCGUCCUGGACAGUGUUGACCUAGAACAGUUCCAUCCCUGCGGAGAGUUCUGUGUGACGGCACCGCUCUGCGCUCCCAGCAGCCUGGGGAGCAGGGAAGCAGGAGACAGUUCCGUCCAUCUCACAGACUUGGUCACACAGUACAGAUUUGACAGCAGUUAAAUACGACCGCAAACUGUCAAUGGCGUGUUCUGUGGAAUGCUGGGAUGGAUCAGAGGUGUGUUGGAAGAUGGAUAGAAUUUUACUACUUCUGUUACUCUGGUAACUCAGAGUCCUGUUCAAUCAGUUUCCGCAUCAGGAUGCUGUCCUCGUGGUUUUAAAGAGGACGAAUGCAGCCAGCGUUGAAUCGAGGCGGUGAUUCCACUCACCUGGCCCUCCAGAGCCCCAGGGUCUCGAGUGCAUGGGCUGGUACAGGAGCCCAGUUUUUGACUCGGGGGGGCACUUCCUAUGGGAGGAGGACCCCUGUCUCAGUGCUGAGGCAACCACCACUGAGGACCCUGGGCUGGAAGCUGGGCUGAGAUGUCUGGUGGUAGGCUCUGAGGCCGGACAGGGACCGACUCAAAGGGAUAUGGACGGCAGGCUGGAUUCAUGUUGCUCCUGCACCUCCGGCUCUGCUGAGGACACCCAGAACUGCGGCCCUGGCCACACCUCAGCUCCCCAUUCCAUCAAAGUGUGGGUGGGAGAGUGGGGCUGACAGUGGUCCCGAAGCUCCUAGGGUCCAGCCCACAACUGAGGAAGCCACACGGCUGGUUGUGUAUGAGCCGGAGUGUCUCUGUCUGAUUAAAAGUGCCUAUCUGCCUGUGGGUCGUUGCUGGUGUGUGUGCUUCUGUCCCCGCCUCCUGGCCUCCUGGCUGAGGGGAAGCUGAGUGGGCCACGGCCCAUGUGUCUCACUUGCCUCGGCUCCCACACAGCUGCCUCUGCUCCAGCUCCAGCUAGGAUGUGGCUCGUUCACACGCUGCUCUGCAUGGCCAGCCUGGCCCCGCUGGCAGCCUUCAAUGUGGAUGUGGCCCGGCCCUGGCUCACGCCCAAGGGAGGUGCCCCUUUCGUGCUCAGCUCCCUUCUGCACCAAGACCCUGGCACCAACCACACCUGGCUCCUGGUCACCAGCCCCAGAACCGAGAGGACACCAGUGCCCCUCCAUCGAUGCUCCCUUGUGCAGGAUGAAAUCCUUUGCCAUUCUGUAGAGCAUGUCCCCAUUCCCAAGGGGAGGCACCGGGGAGUGACCGUUGCCCGGAGCCACCACGGCGUUUUGAUAUGCAUUCAAGUGCUGGCCCGGCGGCCUUACAGCCUCAGCUCAGAAUUCACAGGCACCUGUGGCCUCCUGGGCCCUGACCUCCGUCCCCAAGCUCAGGCCAACUUCUUCGACCUUGAAAAUCUCCUGGAUCCAGAUGCACGUGUGGACACUGGAGACUGCUAUAGCAACAAAGAAGGCAGCCGGGGAGAGGAUAUGAACACAGCCAGGCGGCGCCGGGCUCUGGAGAAGGAGGAGGAGGAGGAAGAUGAGGAGGAGGAGGAAGACGAGGAGGAGGAAGCUGGCACCGAGAUUGCCAUCAUCCUGGAUGGCUCAGGAAGCAUUGAUCCCCCAGACUUUCAGAGAGCCAAAGACUUCAUCUCCAACAUGAUGAGGAACUUCUAUGAAAAGUGUUUUGAGUGCAACUUUGCCCUGGUGCAGUAUGGAGGAGUGAUCCAGACUGAGUUUGACCUUCGGGACAGCCAGGAUGUGAUGGCCUCCCUCGCCAAAGUCCAGAAUAUCACUCAAGUGGGGAGUGUCACCAAGACUGCCUCAGCCAUGCAACAUGUCUUAGACAACAUCUUCACCUCAAGCCACGGCUCCAGAAGAAAGGCAUCCAAGGUCAUGGUGGUGCUCACUGAUGGUGGCAUAUUCGAGGACCCCCUCGACCUUACGACAGUCAUCAACUCCCCUAAAAUGCAUGGUGUUGAGCGCUUUGCCAUUGGGGUGGGAGAAGAAUUUAAGAGUGCUAGGACUGAGAGGGAACUCAACCUGAUCGCCUCAGAUCCGGAUGAGACCCACGCUUUCAAGGUGACUAACUACAUGGCGCUGGAUGGGCUGCUCAGCAAACUGCGGUACAACAUCAUCAGCAUGGAAGGCACGGUUGGAGACGCCCUUCACUACCAGCUGGCACAGAUCGGCUUCAGUGCUCAGAUCCUGGAUGAGCGGCAGGUGCUGCUCGGCGCCGUCGGGGCCUUUGACUGGUCCGGAGGCGCGCUGCUCUACAACACACGCAGCCGCCGGGGUCGCUUCCUGAACCAGACGGCGGCGGCGGUGGACGGGGAGGCUGCGCAGUACAGCUACCUGGGUUACGCUGUGGCCGUGCUGCACAAGACCUGCAGCGUCUCCUACGUCGCGGGGGCUCCACGGUACAAACAUCAUGGGGCCGUGUUUGAGCUCCAGAAGGGGGGCACAGAGACCAGCUUCCUGCCAGUGCUAGAGGGAGAGCAGAUGGGGUCCUAUUUUGGCUCUGAGCUGUGCCCUGUGGACAUUGACAUGGAUGGAACCACGGACUUCUUGCUGGUGGCUGCUCCAUUUUACCAUGUUCAUGGAGAAGAAGGCAGAGUCUACGUGUACCGUCUCAGUGAGCAGGAUGGUUCCUUCUCCUUGGCACGCAUACUGAGUGGGCACCCCGGGUUCGCCAGUGCCCGCUUUGGCUUUGCCAUGGCGGCUGUGGGGGAUAUCAGUCAGGAUAAGCUCACAGAUGUGGCCAUCGGGGCCCCCCUGGAAGGUUUCGGGGCAGGUGAUGGUGCCAGCUUCGGCAGUGUGUAUAUCUACAAUGGACACUGGGACGGCCUCUCCGCCAGCGCCUCGCAGCGGAUCAGAGCCUCCGCGGUAGCCCCAGGACUCCAGUACUUUGGCAUGUCCGUGGCUGGUGGGUUUGACAUCAGUGGCGACGGCCUUGCCGACAUCACCGUGGGCACUCUGGGCCGGGCAGUUGUGUUCCGCUCCCGGCCUGUGGUUCGCCUGGAGGUCUCCAUGGCCUUCAUCCCCAGCGCACUGCCCAUUGGCUUCAACGGCGUCGUGAAUGUCCGUUUAUGUUUCGAAAUCAGCUCUGUGGCCACAGUCUCUGCAUCAGGUCUCCGCGGGGCAUUUCUCAACUUCACGCUGGACGUAGAUGUGGGGAAGGAGAGGAAAAGGCUGCAGUGUUCAGACGGGAGAAGCUGUCUGGGCUGCCUGAGGGAGUGGAGCAGCGGGUCCCGUCUUUGUGAGGACCUCCUGCUCGUGCCCACAGAGGGAGAGCCGCGUGAGGAGGACUGCUUUUCCAAUGCCACUGUCAAGGUCGGCUACCAGCUCCAGACCCCGGAGGGACAGACAGACCAUCCCCAGCCCAUCCUGGACCGCUACGCUGAGACCUUUGCCAUCUUCCAGCUGCCCUAUGAGAAGGCCUGCAAGAAUAAGCUGUUUUGUGUCGCAGAAUUACAGUUGGCCACCACCGUCUCUCAGCAGGAAUUGGUGGUGGGCCUCACAAAGGAGCUGACCCUGAACAUCAGCCUAACUAACUCCGGGGAAGAUUCCUACAUGACAAGCAUGGCCUUGAAUUACCCCAGAAACCUGCAGUUUAAGAGGAUGCAAAAGCCUCCCUCUCCAAACAUUCAGUGUGAUGACCCUCAGCCGGCUGCUUCUGUCCUGGUCAUGACCUGCAGGAUUGGUCACCCCGUCCUCAGGAGGUCGUCUGCUCAUGUCUCAGUCGUUUGGCAGCUAGAGGAGAAUGCCUUUCCAAACAGGACAGCAGACAUCACUGUGACCGUCACCAAUUCCAAUGAAAGACGGUCUGUGGCCGAGGAGACCCACACCCUUCAAUUCAGGCAUGGCUUCGUUGCAGUUCUCUCCAAACCAUCCAUAAUGUACGUGCACACAGGCCAGGUGCUUUCUCACCACAAAGAAUUCGUCUUCCAUAUACAUGGGGAAAACCUCUUUGGAGCAGAAUACCAGUUGCGAAUUUGUGUCCCAACCAAAUUACGUGGUCUCCAGAUUGUAACAGUGAAGAACCUGACGAGGACUCAGGCCUUCACGGUGUGCACCUGGAGUCAGGAGCGCGCUUGUGGAUUCAUUCCGGUUCAGCAUGUGGAAGAAUGGCAUUCAGUGAGCUGUGUCAUCGCUUCAGAUAAAGAAAAUGUAACCGUGGCUGCAGAGAUCUCCGUGGAUCACUCUGAGGAGUUACUAAAAGAUGUAACUGAACUGCAGAUCCUUGGUGAAAUAUCUUUCAACAAAUCUCUAUAUGAGGGACUGAAUGCAGAGAACCACAGAACUAAGAUCACUGUCGUCUUCCUGAAAGAUGAGAAGUACCAUUCUUUGCCUGUCAUCAUUAAAGGCAGCAUUGGUGGACUUCUGGUGUUGAUUGUGAUUCUGGUCAUCCUGUUCAAGUGUGGCUUUUUUAAAAGAAAAUAUCAACAACUGAACUUGGAGAACAUCAGGAAGGCCCAGCUGAAAUCAGAGACUCUGCUCGAAGAAGAGAAUUAGGACCUGCUAUCCACUGGGAGAGGCUGUCAGCCAGUCCUGGGACUUGGAGACCCGGCAUCCUUCGGAAUACUUUUUCCUUCAGGAUGAUGGACAGCAGCAUGAAGCCGUUUGUAGAAUAUCAGUUUUUAACCACGCAUUGUCCCCAAAGCGUCUGUGCAUUGUGCAAAAAGUACACUUGGGAAACAUUUGGUAUUAAAUAAAGUUACACUUUUCUUCACA